UUUCAGUCGUCUUCGGGACGUCAGAGAAGGAACGUUGUUUGUUUUGCCUCAGCGGACGAAGGUUUUUUUAUUAUUAAGGUGUCCCACAUACCUACCAUGGCGCUGAGUGCGAGACUGAUGUCAGGUCAUCUGCAGCGUCUCAGAAGCUGCUUUGUGCACACAGCCUCAGGAGGGGCCUGGAAGGAGAGCUUUGCCGAAGACAUCGACCCUCAGCAGUUUGCCCUUCUGGAAGAGCAGUGCAUCCUGGUUGACGAGAAUGACACAAACAUUGGUGCUGCUUCCAAGCGUGAUUGCCACCUGAUGCAGAAUGGGACUAGUCCUCUUCACAGAGCAUUCAGUGUGUUUCUCUUCAAUUCUUCAGGUGAACUUCUUGUGCAUAGACGGUCAGAUGCUAAGAUUACAUUCCCCGGCCACUACACCAACACAUGCUGCUCACACCCUCUGUACACACCCAAGGAAAUGGAGGAGGAGGAUGCCUGGGGAGUGAGAACGGCUGCCCAAAGACGCCUGGAGUUUGAGCUGGGCAUUCCGCAUGAGCAGGCACAGCCCAAAGACUUCACGUACCUGACCCGUAUCCAUUAUGCCAGCCCCUCCAACGGUAGAUGGGGGGAGCAUGAGAUGGACUACAUCCUAUUUCUGCGUGGUGAUGUCUCGGUGAACCCCAAUGAGAAUGAGGUCCAGGAUGUGAGAUAUGUGAAGCGUGAGGACUUCUCAAGGUUUCUUAGCAGCCUGCGAGAGAGUGAUGUCCCUAUCACUCCUUGGUUCCACCUCAUAGCUCAGAAAUUCCUCCCACUUUGGUGGAAGAAUUUGGACAACAUUAGCAAGUUUAUUGACCAUCGCCAGAUACACAGGAUGAUAGACUGAUUGGGUCUGGAGUUAGCUAACGUUUGGGGAGUCAAAUAUUCCAUUUUUAUUUAAUGCGAUAGCUUUAUUUUAUGAUCUGCAUUUUACUGUUAUAAAAUGGUCAAUAUUUUACUUAUUUUUCUCUUUUUCCUUUUACAUAGUUCAGAAAUUAAGCACAAAAUUUAAUACAGCUUGACACUUGGAAUACAGAAAUGCCCUCAGAAACACUGAGGACUCUACAAACAACCUGUAGCUCUUAAUAGUGAUACUUGGUUCAAGGAAAAGAAACUCAAACAGGAAAAUCAGACUUUAUAUACUAAUAUCCCUAAAGUCUGAUAAUAUCCUCAAAUUAGUGCAAUUUGAUAUGUUGAGUAAAAUAUGGAGUGCUUGGCUAAAAACACAUGUGCAGACACAUAGGGCCACCACAUUGGGAGGGCAAAAACAUGUCCAAUUUGAGGAAUUUUAAUUGGCAGUGAAGGUAAAUCUUAAUGAAGGUAUAUUGGAAAAAUCAUCCAAUCCAAGAAGAGAGAAAGAUAUAUAUAUUUACAUUUACAAGUAUCUUUAAGGAUAAUGACAAUAUUGUACUGUACUUAAUAAGUAAGCUUGAAUGCUGAAAAUGUUCUUGCUUGUCCUCUGUGUUGUGCAAAGGUAAUUCCUUUGCCAAAGGAUCCAGCUUCUCUAACAAGGUUUAAAAUCUGUGAUAUAUAUUGCAAUGUCCUAAAAGGAAUAUGCGAAAUGUUAGGAAAUGAUAAGUAACAAGGUUAGUUUGACUUUUUCACAGGAAUGACUAGAAUGGAAAGAAUUUCUAAUACACUUAUGUAAUGCAUGUACAUGAUUAUAAUAUACACUUGGGCACAAUGACACAUUUAUAGUUAAAAUGUUGCGGAGUAACUUGUUCUUCAAAUACUAAUGGUUUAGUGAGAAACCCCAGGAACAUAAGCUCUUUUCAUACCAGAGAUUCCUCUGCUAUAAAGAAGAUUUAAAAAACAUUAAUUAAAAAACAUUUAUUAAUAACUCAAUGUAACAUUAACUGUCACACUCACAUUACAAGGUGAUAACUGAAACACACACCAGUAAAAUAUAAAUAUAUUGCGUCAGAUUUUUUACAAUUUCAGACUGUGCAAGCAAGAAAGGCUUUGAAAGAAUAGCAGGAAGGACAAUAGUUAGUUCUAAAUUCUUUACACUUUUUCUAGCUUAUUUUUCAGCUUAUAAUUAACCAGAUUUGUGUGAUAUUAGUAUACUUUGUAAUUUUAUAAACUACAACUAAGCACAGAUUAAAAUUCAUAGCUAUGUUCAUUUAAUAUACAACCUAUCACAAACGGAAGAAAACAAAGACGUUCCUUCAUUCUUAUUUUUUAAAUGAUUUCUAUAAAAAAAUGUAUACAAAAGUAAUCCUAACUUAAAAACGCAGAUAAUUAUAUUUACAAUAAUUUCUAAUAAAACAUAAAAAUAACUUCUCACUCAUUGCUACUUCCUCCUACUGCUAAACAGAUAAACCCCGUAACAUUUUGGUCUUUAUACAUUAGAAAGUUUUCAAUAAAUCUUACGAAGAUG